GGAGAUCGACUACAUGACUCUCCUCACCCGAGACCUCUCCGCUACGGCCAGCAAUGUCCAUCCCCGUAUCAUCAGACCCCUCCAAGAGAAGCUGGCCCCAAAAGAUCUUCGACAAAUGCAAAGAACAACCUUUUGUGCCCCUCGGUGCUGGUGCGACCGUAGCUGCACUCCUCGGGGCCAGCUACCAUCUGAGAAAAGGUAAUAGGACGCGAUUCAAUCAGUUUUUAAGAUUCCGAAUCUAUGCUCAAGGUGUGACCGUUGUGGCCCUAUUGAUCUAUGGAAGUCAAGAACUUGCUGCCAGAGAAAAGGCUGGCGUUGUAAAGCGCAAGGAUGACCGCAUUGUUGUCUACCCGCAAACGUCUCCUUCCCCGGCUGCUCCUGAGCCCUUCGUGCGCUCUGAUGAACCUUCUGCCUUACCGGAAUCACUAUCUUCUGCUGUUGACGCUAAGUCUAAUGCCUACCCUCUGAGGAAGGAGGAGAGAAUGAAGGUGUCUGAGUUCGCGAAGAGGUUGAAGGAGGCAGAAGCGCUGCAAAAAGAGGAAGAUGUAUCGAGACGCCGGUAAGGGAUGACUGUAUAAUUGUGUGAAAAUUCGAAUGAAGCAAAAUGAGGUUACAAGCUACACAUAUGUACCAGUACAGACCAUAGAAUCUAGCAUGCAUCCGCCACCAUUCAUCUGCU